AUGGAUGAACGCCACUGGUGGAUUGCCUCGAAAGUCGAGCAAACCUUUUGCAUUGACAAGACAUCUUCGACUGAUGCGUCAUUUACUGAAACAUUUUUCCGUCGACCAGAUGUUCUAAGUAAAAUCAACAGCUUUCUCUGUGCGAAAGGUUCAAAUAAACUAUUUUUCUAUACAACACGAGAUAAUCUCUAUGCCAAAGAGAUUAUUUGUUGUAACAAUAUCGUCGAUGAAUAUAUCCUCGUCAAUGAAUCGUUAGAUAAUUUAAUUUUAUUAUUUUUUAUUCGAUCGGAUACGAGUUCCGAUGCAACAGUUUCGCCUGUAUCGGAUAUUUACUGUGGAGAAAUUAAACAUCCAACGCAAAUGACAUCAUUACUAUACUCACAAACGUUGUUGCCUUUGUUUAAAAAAGAAUUAUCAGCUAAUACACAUGACAGUUAUAAUCAAACAUCGACUAAAACCGCAAUUGUUACUCAAAUGGAAAAACAAAUCGAUGGAAUCAAUGCGACGUGUCACUCGUUACAUAAAGACAAAAACUUACUACUGAAACGUGCAGAUGCAGAAAUAUUGCAUCAGCUAAAACAAACUGCACGUUCAACCGCAGACAGUCCAGUUAUUCGCAAUUGCGAAACGUUAGUUCUAUCAUGGAUAACAACAAUCGAAAAUGUUCUUCAAGAUAUUUUCGACGACGAUUCAAGUCAUCCGGCACUUGGCCCGUUGAGUGAAAUCGAACGAUGGACGCGUAAACAACGUUUGAUUAAUAAUUUACUUGAACAAUUGAAAUCGAAAGAAUGCAAAGCAGUCAUUGGUGCUUUGAUCACAUCGAAAUCGAAAGUCAUUCGAAAAUGGAAAGCAAUCGAUGUUUCAAUAACUGAAGCUCAAAAUGAAUGUCGGGAUAAAACGAAAUUUCUCGAAUCAAUUCGACGUCAUUUAGAGAACUUAACUGAAGAUGCUCAUCCGCAGAACUGUGCUGUGAAUAUUUUACCUGCAUUAUGUGAUGCUAUGCGAACGGUUGAAUCCGUUUCAAGAUAUUAUGCUCGACAAGGUUAUUUAGGCUUGAUUUUCUGCAAAGUAACGAAUCAAUUGGUGAAAAUCUGUAAACAUCAUAUCAAUGAUGACGAUUUAACGCAACUUUGGCCGAAGCUUUUUGAUGAAAUUCAAGCUGGGGGAUCGAUUGAUGAUAUCAAAGAGAACUUUCAUUUAGAUAAACGAGAUAUCAAACGUUUUCGUGAAGUUCCGAAGGGUUCGGUACCAUUAGAAACCAAUACAACUGGUGAAAGUACUUUUCAACGUCUAAAAAACUGCCUUCUACUACUGGCAUCAUACAAAGAAACAUUUCACGCGUUAAGAGAUGCACUUGGCGGUGCUCAAGUGUUGGCAACAACUGGGUUUUCAUCAGCAUCAUCUACUGUCAGUGGUACAACGAGCUCUCAAAAUCGUGAUUUGAGUCAAUUGCGACAGCAAAUACGACGAGCGAGUGGAGUAUUAAUGUCCGCAGAUGAAAAGAUCUUUCAAAAUUUGGAAGAUUUCUGUCGUCGGAUCGAACAGAUGAUUGAUAUGACAAUCACACUAAACCAAUUUUCUCAACUUAUUAGUACAACAGUUCGAUUACCGAAACCAAAACGAAAGGAUAUUCUCGAUGCUGAACAGCUUGCUAAUCGUACUGAUACUUCGACUCAUAAAGAUGAUCAUGGCGGUGAGAAUGCAUCGGAUGAAGGUAUUGACGAUGGCGAGAGUGAUUCAGGUGCUGCUCCUUACGAUUAUCUUCUAUCUACGGUGUCCAAAGCUGAUCUUGAUUUAAUAAAAAAACAUUAUGAAGAUGAAGAAGAGUCUUUACCUUUGAACGUUUUCAUUGCCAAUGGUGUUGAACAACUGAAAGCCUUGCUGGUCGAUACCACACCGUCGCCGGACGAAGAAACAAAUAAGUUCGAUUUGAUACAUCAACAGUUUGCUGCAACUGCGUGCGAACUUGAACAGUUACUUGGUGCUUAUAUUAAUGUCACGUUUUCGAAAACUAAACGAACACAAGAAGGUUUAGCGAUUCUCGCUUGUUUCGAACCAAUCUGCGAACGAAAGUAUCUUCGUUCGAUACUCCGCGAUGCUUAUGUGAACUUAUUCUUAAAUUUCGAAAACGACCUCUUGGAUAUUCGAACAAAUUUCGAAGCUCAAAAGGAUGAUCCACCCUUACCGCGCAAUGCACCACCCAUAGCUGGUGCGAUCGCCUGGUCACGAACAUUGCUAACCAAAAUGGAAAAAUCCAUGGACAUAUUUAAAACCAAUCGUCAUAUCAUUGCUCUUGGAAAUUUUCCAGUCAUAUCAAAACUUUACAAUCGUACAGCGAAAGCUUUGCUUGUAUAUGAACAAUUGUUAUUAGCUCGAUGGAAGGAAAAACUUGAGAUAUGGAAAGAACAUUUGGAUACGAGUUUAUUGUGUUUAGUAAACGAUGAUGAUAAUAAUAAACAACUUCGAAUCAACUCAAACUUGGAAUUAUUCUCAAUAUUCGAUGAAGCAAAAUGGUUUAAACGAUUAGAUGUCGAUAUUCCAAAGGCAGCCAUUGCUUGUAUACAAAAGGAGCAAACGUUCAAACAAUACAAAUCUUUACUUGAAGAUCUUCUUAAACGAUUUAAAGAUUUACAAUCUCAAAUUUAUCCGCCAUUUUAUCCGUUAUUCACUAGUCAGUUAACUCAAAUCUAUAGAGCAUUCGAACCCGGUCUACAUACAAUCAAUUGGUCAACUCUCAACAUCGAUGUGUAUAUUGCGAAAGUUCAUCGAGCACUCGACCGUUUCGAAACGUUCAUUCUGAAUCUCAAUGGUUUAAUUGCGGAGAAAAUUGAUAGUAUUCUUGACAAUGAUUUAAUGAACUCUUCAUAUUUAUUGUUUUCUCCGGAUUAUACUCGAUCGAAAUUAUGGUCACCGACGGAGUUUUACGAAAAUGUCUCAACACAUGUAAACGAACAAGCGGAUUUGAUUGGAAAGAAGUUUUUCGAAGUGCAACAGCGAUUUCAAGAAGUCGAAGAAAUAUUGAAAUUGAAUACGUCACAAAAAUCUCGAACGUCAACAUCAUCAACACGACGAACUAAGACACCAACGGCGCCCAACGAAGCUAUGCUGACAUUCAUACGUUAUUAUCAAGAUAAAAUGAUAUCUUGUGUACAAAAAAUAAUCGAACGUAGUUUACAUGUCUUNGUGCAACAGCGAUUUCAAGAAGUCGAAGAAAUAUUGAAAUUGAAUACGUCACAAAAAUCUCGAACGUCAACAUCAUCAACACGACGAACUAAGACACCAACGGCGCCCAACGAAGCUAUGCUGACAUUCAUACGUUAUUAUCAAGAUAAAAUGAUAUCUUGUGUACAAAAAAUAAUCGAACGUAGUUUACAUGUCUUUGUUCGAUUAGCUUCAGUCUCCGAAGAAAGUUACCUGAACGAUCAAAAGAAGUUAGUUCGAGAAUUAUUUGAUGGACAACCCAACGACGAGCAAUUCCAUCAGAUUGAUACCGAACGAAUUAGAAUUGGUUGUACAAUGCAAUAUGCUAUUCCAGAGAUUAGUAUUGAUCCGGAACUAAUUCUUUGCCAGAAGUCGAUUCGUGAUGUCGCGUAUGCGAUAGUGAAUUGUGAAAAACGAAUCAGUGAAUCGGCUGCUUUCGACAAUGACACAUCACAGCGCUUAGCAUCGACGAUUACAGCAGAUCCAUACGUCGCCGAAAUCAUCAGUCGUUUAUCUUCCAUCGAUGCUGAUGUUACCCGUAUAUCCGAAAAUGCUGUUCAAUAUAUUCGCACAUUCGAUUUUCUUUGGCAUGAUGAUUCGCAAUUGCAAUAUCAGACUAUCAUUCAGCAAGACGAAGAUGGUGAUGACUAUACAAUUGUAAUUGAUCCGAAUGGUAUUCCAACAAAAGAAGCUCGGCAAUAUCUUCAAGGUGAACUGGAACGUCUUGUGCAGAUCGAAGAACGUCUGAACUUUUUUCCACAUGAAAUUCAAAUUGGUUGCGUUUGCAUUGAAACAGUUCCCAUUAUUAACUCUCUCCGAACAUUUAUCUUCAGUUGGAAAAGUCAAUAUGCGAAAUUAUUGCAUCGAUUUGCGAAAAAUCAAUUGGACGAAGUGGUCGCCUAUCGACAACAAAUUCAAGAACGCUUCAAUGAUAAUGUAUCUACAUUAGAACAAUUGGAUGAAGCAUUGAUUUUAUUGGAAGAAUUGAGCGAAAUGGAAAACAAAAUUGAUUCGAUUUAUUUACCAAUUGAAACAACUUAUUCUCUACUAACUCGAGUUUAUAACGUACCGAUUCCACGUGAUGAAUUGCAUGAAUGUUCCCAAUUACGUGAUAAAUGGUCGGCGUUGAUGUUAAACGCUGAUCGUGUUCGAAAACUAUUAUUACAAGAACGUCGUCAACAAUUAGAACAAGAGUUGGAUAAACAAGUGAAAUCCUUCGUUGUGGAAGUGAUUCGCUUUCGAAAUGCAUUCGAUGUUGAAGGACCCAAUGUUCCUGAUAUUGCGCCGUUAGAAGCAGCGAAGCGUCUGAAAGAUUUUCAAGGACAAUACAAAAUCAUGCAUCGACGAACUGGUUUUACUCGAUCAAUUGUACAUUUUGUACAAGAAAUACAUUACAAAACUCCGUCCAUAGGUCAUUCAAUUCGUUUUGACUUUGAAUCAGAUCCACUUCCGACCAAAGAGUAUUACGGAAUGUUGUAUCGAAUGCAAUGUAUUUCUUGUACAAAAUGUACAAUUGAUCGAGUAAAACCAGUUCCUAAAAUAACNUGUGUGCAAAACUGUCGUAAAGCCGAAGUUGAAUGGAAAGCAAAGAUUGAUCAGUUAGAAAGUAACAAAGCAAGUGUAGAUUGUAAAUGGAGCAUGAUCGAUCUCUAUUGGACACAACUUGAUGAAGAUAUUCGUCGUUUAUUAGAACGAUUUGAUGCAACAACAUCUAUUGAUGGAAAUAGCGAUUCAUUGAGUAACAAUGGAAGUAAUUCCAAUACGAAUGCAACAAUGAAUGACGAACGACAAGGUGAAGAAAUUCGUUCAUAUAUUCGACAGUUGAAUACUUGGCAACGAGAAGAUCUCGAUGCACAUUUGAAGCAACGUUUAGACUUUUCCACUAAAGCGAUUGUUAAGCUCGUACGAGUUUUUGAUAAUCUAUCUGAUAAAUAUCAACGAUUAUUUACUUCGAUCAAUUCUCCCGGUGAAUCAAAUUCAACUCCCGAAUGCAAACCUGAAGUGUAUAAAGCUGUUCUCGACCGAAAUGUCGAUCUCGAGCGCGAAAAUGAUCGUAUUCAACGUCUAAAUACAAGUUUACAGAGUCGUAUCCAUGAAAUAACCCUUCGAUGUACAGAUUUAAACAAUCAAAUUGUUCUUCAAGAAGAGCAAUUACUCGAAGGCAAAAGUCAUUUAUCGGAUCUUGAAUAUGAACUAGAAAAGUCUCGUAGUAAAGAAACGAAGUUAGAACGUUCAUUGGCAGAUGCAAUCGCUAAACUCGAAUGUGAUCGAUUAAAACUUCAAAUGAAUGAUACGAAACAAGAUUCAGAUUCACAUGCUGAUUCAGCGAAUAACAGCACGAUUGUAAUUGCAGAAAAUAAAUAUGCAGAUUUACAAGCAGAAAUCGAAGAAUAUAAAGAGUUAGCAGCUGGCCGGUUAGGUGAAUUAGAAAAAUUAAUGAGUGAUCACGAAACAACAAAACGAGAGGUUGAAGUUUUAAAAAAUCGACUUCGAUCGUUACCUGAAGAGUUAAUUACUGAAACGCCAGAAUUUAAGUGUCUUCAGUCACGUUAUACAGCUUUAGUUAACGAAAGUGUUCAUCUAAGACACCAGUUAGCUGAAGCUCGUGAACUUGUCAAAUGUACAAAAACAGUCUAUGAUCAUCACUUUGAAAAAAUUCAGCAAGAAGAAUUUGAAAAUCAACGAAAGCUACAUGCGAAUAUUGAACAAGUUGUCACUGAUUUAGCUGAAGCUCGUCGUGACUAUGAUCUUCUUCAGGUUGAAUACGAAAAAGUUCUGAAUGCUAAUCAACAAUCUGUACCCAUUACACGUGAAAUGCGAAGUUUAAUCAAUCAUUUACAAGCUCAAUGUAAAUUAUAUAAUCUCGAAGCAAGUCGUUGCAAGAAACAGUGCAAAGAAUUGGAAGACGAGUUAACAAGACUCAAAGUAAAACAAGAAAGCAAUGCUAGUGACGGACUUAAUUCCCAGAUAAGUAUAACAACAUCAGAACCUACUUCUGCCGGAUGCAUAAUUACAACUAAUCAACCACCGUCGCCAACAAUCAAAGAAGAGUCAACAAAUCCAUUUGCUGCACCAUCGUCAUCUUCAACUGCGGUAAAACCUGAAACAGCUACUAAAGAAGAACCAAUCGAAGGGAACGAUGAUAGUCGACUUGGAGAAAAUUCUUUAUUGGAAUUUCCUGACCUACCGGAUAGUGAUUUAGAUGAAUCGUCAGGAAAUCUAGCACGUCUUUCGUCAAAUCCUGUAACUACAGAAGAUAAAGAUGCAGAAUUACGUAAUCUUAGAACGGAGUAUAAAAAACUUACAGAUAUGGUGAAAGAAUACAAGAUUUUACUGAACAUGUACAGAAGUGCGCCGAAAGAGACACGUGAUAAAGCUAAUCUAAUGACAUCAGAAAAGAAACUACGUCAAGAACUCGAUGAAACUCGGAAUGAAUUGAAAAAACUUCAAAUUUACGCAAAAACUUUGCGGAAAAAAUGUAAUGAAGAUGAAGUACAAAAUAAGAUGCGUUCGUUUCAAGAGACAAUUCGUGACCUUGAAAAGAAUCUCGAAACUCGUAAGCAAGAAGAAGCAGCUCUACUGAAUGAAAUUGAAGUGACUGGUCAAGCAUUCGAAGAUAUGCAAGAACAAAAUAGUCGUCUUUUAUCCCAAUUACGCGAAAAAGAUGAUGCACAUAUCAAACUCAUGGUUGAACGUGUCAAAUUGCAACAAUCCCAGAAAGCCAUGUCUGACGAAAAAGUUCUUCUCCUUCAACAAACAACUGUUCUUCAAGAACAACUCGAGGCACAAGCAGUGAUGAAUCAAAAAUACGAAGAAACAAUUGCAUCACUCCGCAACAGUGUCUUAGUUUUGGACAAAGAACUGAGUACAAUGCAUCAAACGUUGGAUGCACAUAAACGGAAAACCAUUGAAAGUGCGCAAACAUCUGCUGAUCUAAAACUUCAUCUUGAUCGUUAUCAUGCGCAAUUGAAAGAAGUUCAAGAAUUAGUUGCUGAAAAGUCAGAAGCACUUGAAAAGCAAAAUUUCAAAAAUCGACGACUUCAAGAAGACGUGAAGAAUUUAAAUCGUAAAUUAGACCGAUCACGUAAACUAGAGAUGGCAUCGAAUAAAGACGAAGUUUUACUAGAAGAAAUACGUGAAUACAAGGAAAUUCUUCGUUGUCCAGCAUGUAAAAAUAAACAACGUGAUGCAAUUCUUUCCAAAUGUUUCCAUGUAUUCUGUUAUGAUUGUCUCAAAUCACGAUACGAUUCACGUCAACGUAAAUGUCCCAAAUGUAAUACAGCAUUUGGACAAUCGGACAUGCAUAAAAUCUGGUUGGUCUAA